UGUCGAACGUUGACUAUGAUACAUAUUAGUUUGUGAUUAAAUUUAAUUUUUCUCAUGUAUAACAAAAACUUUAGAAUCAUUUACAUUUACAUUAAAAAAGUGUUUUUCUUUUCAAAUAAAUAUCAGUUAUUUAGCAGUAAUUAUUUAUACUACAAACAUUUUUGGUGACUCGGGGAGGUCAAUCAUCUAUCACUAUUUUGAUGAAUAAUAUCUUUGACCAUUCAUUAUUUGAACGGCAUCAUGGCUUAUUGCAGAAAGCUUAACAAAAAUAAAAAUUAUGUGAACUGCCAUUCUUUCAACGGACUACUUAUACUGGUAUAUACAAUGAUGUUGGUGUUUGAAUCAUGCUGUAGUACAUUGGAAACGGAGUCAAAUAAUACCAGUUGUUCGAAUGCACUAACAUGCACUAAAUGUACAAUCAAAGCUCAGUGUCAAUGGUCCCUAGAACAACAGAAGUGUAUAAAAAAGAUUCUUAUACAUUUUUCAAGUUUAACAGCCUCCACUAUAAGGGAGUGUCCACAGUUUUCAGUUGAUAAACAAUAUGAUUAUAAUGAUUAUUUUGUUAAUUUGAAAUACAUUGUUAAGGUAUCAAACGAUUCAGUAGGAUUCAUGAAUUAUCUUCGAACCAGUGAAAUUUUUUUACGGAGAACAUUAUACCGUGAUCAAUCUUUGAUCAAGGGAAAAACAAACGAUAGUUUAAUAUUUUCAUUACGCACAACGGCAAUAUUUUACAAAAUAUUCAAUAUUCCGUCGAUCACUGAAUUUCUUUUUAUCGAGUUCAAUGGCGUUAUGUUGCGGUUCGACAACGUCGGCGAUCAUUAUGUUACGUUUUAUAGACGUGACGAUAAAUGUGCCAACGACGAGAAUGACAAAUUCUGUGCGACUUGUGCAUGGAAUUACAAUGGGUAUUCUAACUACUUGAAAUGGUGUUUGGACGAAAGCGUUUGUGAGGGUCGAAAGCAGUUGUAUCUGAAGAAUAACGCCGAAGAUAUAAUUUCUGUAGCAUCAUUAUUAGACCGGCAAAACGAAGAAGUGUAUGUGACGAACGACUGUCCUGAAGUAAACGUGACGGCGGUCCAUCCGUUGUUUGGACCGCAUACUGGUGGAACGGUGGUAACGAUCACAGUUAGAAACCACUGGAUACUUGCUGAGGACACAACGAUACUGGUGAUGGUGGCAGGUAUGGUGUGCAUGAACCCCAGAACAUCAGGAUUCGAAACCAUCACUUGCACCACGUCACCAUGGGUAAACAUUACAGGAGGACCACCGGCUCUCGGUCCAAUCCUGGUCAAAUACUCGUCGGACAAAGGUGGAUUAACGAUCGAAUCGUUGCAGAGAUUCCAGUAUGACGUCCGUCCUAUUUGUGGCUCACCCAGUCCCGUAUUGGACGCGAACCAACGAAUUAGAGCCUUAGAAUCGGAAAACAUCACCGUGCCGGUGCGUGGAGCUUAUUUCGUAAAACCAUGUGUUGUAUCCUCCGCUCAACUAUUCGUCGUGCUGCCAAACGGUACAAUGCAGUUUGCAUCCAGUUAUUGUGAUAAACCGGUCAACGACACUUACAUGGUUUGUCGAUCGCCGAGAGUGGAUAUCCGUGUCUGGCGUGACGCAGACUCAUCUAUUGAUGGGUUGUUAUUGAAUUUCGGGCUGAAUGUGACUAAUUUCAUCGGAAAUCAGUCGCUGUUGGUGGAAGGGCCAUCACACGGUUUUCACGUACUCUUCGAUCCGAUAAUAGUGGAUUUUAAUAUAAUAAAUAGUACCGGUUCAGUAGAAUUCAACGGCCGCUACUUGAAUCACGUGCAGUCCGACGUCAUCCUGAUAAGGAUCCCAAAAUCAUCGGCGAAAGGUUGCAAAUCUGUGCUGGACUGCUUAGUCGUGGCGGCGUAUUGUGAAGAUGUGGUGUUUUCACAACAACGUAUGAUAUGCAAGCCGAACGUGUCCAUCGCUCCAGCUGCCACUGAAUCGCACAUCUUGGUCACGAUUGGAGAUCGGUUGUCGUAUACCGUGCCUAAUAGAUCGUCACCCCCCGAGCAUUCAGAUCUUAUCGGCCCCGUAAAACCAUCCAUACUUUUCGACUGGUGGCGAACGAUCAUCUCCUUGUCCACGUCACUAUUGAUUGUUUUUGCAUUGGUUUGUUGUCUAAAGACUAAAAAUCAGUACGACUUGACGGAAACUUUUCGUUAUCCACCGGUGGCUUUCUCAAGAUCAUAAGCUGGCUACAUGCGAUGUAGUUUUAAAUUAUUAAUUAGUUUUCAAUGUAUUCAUCUUGAUUUUUAUUAUUACUUACGUACACAUAAUAUAUUAUAAAAAUAUACGUGUUUUAUUACCAAUAUUAUUCCCAAA